UACCAUUUUUGCCUUUCUGGGUUUUUUUUUGGUUUAAUGUUAUUGCUACAAUGUGCCGCGGACCACAAAUGGCACCUAAGCUGCACUUUGGACACCCCAGUGAAGGUUAAACGUUGUUUUCUCCUUGUUGCUUAACUUUGGAAUUUAAAAUAAAUCAUCAUCUUCCUGCAGAAUUUAUUGCCAGGUGGUCCAUGGUUCACUAACGCUUCAGGGUGCAUUUUUCUUCAUUUUUCUUCACAGUUUUGUCCUAAGAUUUAAAAUGUAGCAAAGGACAACACUUUGAAGACCAAUCAAUCAAUGUGUUUGAUUAGCUGUGUCAUGAGAACAGAGCAGCCCGAAGCCAAUCAAGACAGACAAAAACAAGGAAAUAAGAGAAAAACUGUGAGCUGUAUUAUGAUUAUUAUUGAUUUAUAUUAUUAUAUAAUAUCAUAACAGAACACCUGCAUUGUUUUGUGAAAAUGAUUGUUAAAAUCUCGUCUGGUCUUGUUCUCGUGUACCCAAUCUCGUGCGUCGUCUCGUCUCGUGACACCGCUAGCAUGCACCCAUCCAAACAUUUGUUUUCUUAUUUAACUCGUCAAUUUGCACUACUCACAAAGAGUCAAGGCUGUUCGGCAAUCAGGAUGAACCCUAAAAUGCACUAAAACCUUUACAGGUGAACCUAAUUUGACCUUUUUGCACAUGUCAAGCACUGUUCAACGUCGCAGUAGUUUUUGCAUAACUCGCUGUUCUCUAACAAGGAGCUGAACGGCAAAGUUGCCAACAGAUGUGUGAACGGAGCCGUAAAUGUCCUGCUUCAAGUUUGAAUUGGUAAACAGUCCUCUUGAUCAUGCUGUUCACGCCUAACAAACGAUCAACACCACCUCGCCAUUGUAAGGCUUCAGAUAGGACGUUCUCAAAGGCAGAGUGGCUCCAGGGAGACUGGAAGAGUCACAGAAAGGCCUACCAUACCAUACCCUAUGGCAAAUAUCCCUAACUUUUUAGAACCAUCUUCACUAACUGAUGAACAGUUGGUAGCGGGGUUCUCCGACAGCAUCCUGGCCACCAUCCUGGCCACCAAAUCGGACAUGUGCGGCAAGAAGUUUGAGCUGAAGAUCGACAAUGUUCGAUUUGUGGGUCACCCGACUCUGCUUCAGCAUCCUCAUUCAGUCAUUCAGGUGUCUAAAACAGAUCCUUCACCCAAGCGGGAGAUGCCCACCAUGAUCCUAUUCAAUGUUGUGUUUGCAUUGAGGGCCAACGCCGACCCCUCGGUCAUCAGCUGCAUGCACAACUUGUCACGCCGCAUCGCCAUCGCGCUGCAGCACGAGGAGCGCCGCUGCCAGUACCUGACCAGAGAGGCCAAACUCAUGCUGGCCGUGCAGGACGAGAUCACCACUGUCACCGAAACUGAUGCAAGUCCACAGUCGCCAUUCAGGCAAAUUUUGCCCAAAUGCAAGCUGGCCAAAGACCUGAAGGAGGCAUAUGACAGUCUGUGCACCACCGGGGUGGUGCGACUACACAUCAACAACUGGCUGGAGGUGAGCUUCUGCUUACCGCACAAGAUCCACCGCAUCGGAGGCAACUACAUCCCCCCUGAGGCAUUGGAGCGCAGCCUGAAGGCCAUCAGGCCCUAUCACGCGCUGCUGCUGCUGGAAAGCGAGAAGGCACUGCUGAGCCAACUUCCUGUUGACUGCUCUCCUGCCAUGAUGCGCCUCAUCAAGACAUGCUCGGCAGUGAAGAACCUUCAGCAGCUGGCCCAGGACACUGAUCUGGCCUUGCUUCAGAUCUUUCAGAUUGCUGCCCACCUGGUUUACUGGGGCAAGGCCAUCAUCAUCUACCCUCUGUGUGAGAACAACGUCUACAUGCUGUCUCCUCACGCCAACAUCUACCUAUACUCCCCUCAGGCUGAACAGUUUGCUCAGAAGUUCCCCGGUCACGAUCUUCCUUCCAUGUUGGCAAAGUUCUCGCUGCCUGUCUCGCUGGCUGAGUUCAGGAACCCGCUGGAGGCGCCUGCACAGGAGGCCCAGCUGAUCCAGAUGGUGGUGUGGAUGCUCCAGCACCGCCUGCUCAUCCAGCUGCACACCUACGUCUGCCUGAUGGUGCCGCCCGUCGAGGACGAGCCGGCGUUCAGGGAUGACGACCUCCCUCUGGCCUCCAGAGUUGGGGGUCGCAGUCUGAGCACUCCGACCGCCCUGAGUUUUGGAUCACCGACCAGCAGUGACGAUAUGACCCUGACCAGCCCCAGCAUGGACAACUCCAGCGCAGAGUUGGCGCCUGGCGGAGACUCUCCUCUCAACAAGAGGAUCCUGUUAACCGAGACCCUUUUGGCCAGCCUGUCCGACUACGAGAGGCAGUUCAUUCUCAACGUCCCUGCUGCUCAGAAUCAAGAGGAUCUCAGGAUGUUUACCAGGCUGCUGCACUAUUUCCGGGGCCACCACCACCUGGAAGAGAUCAUGUACAACGAGAACAUGCGGCGCUCGCAGCUCAAAACGCUCUUGGACAAGUUCCGCAGCGUCCUGGUGGUGACCAAUCACGAAGAUCCGAUCAUCUCCAUCUUUCAGUCACCGACGGAGUAGCGUCAGCCAGAGGGACGGCGCCGUCACACCAUCUGGCCAUGCUGGGAGGCAGCCAGGAUACAUGUUUUUGUUUUUUUUUGUUAUCCUUCAUGAGGCACUUAUUAGAAUUCUAAAUUAUUUUGUACAUAAUAGUUAAGAUAAGACAAAUGACAUGUGUUAGAUCAUGUGUUUUUGACUGUGGAGGGGCACACGCCGCUGACUAAUGCUCAUUCCAGACCUCCACCUCCUGACUCCCGGAGGUGGGAGAGGACUUGGACAUCAGACAGGCUGUUUUUGCUUUGAAGGGAGCAGAGAGAGGUCCAAACAUCUGUGGAAUCAAUGAGAGGCCCUUAGCCUCCUGAGUGUUUAUUAAAAAAGAGAAGACCUGAGCUCAACAGUCAUGUGUGCGUAAUUGUUUUGGACAUUUUUUUUCACUGUUCAGUUCAUCUUGUUAAUUGGCAUGAAUUCAUUUACAGUAUAUUUGUGACUGG